GCAGUCAGAGAUGGACAAGUUCAAGACGGUACUGGACUUUGCCAACAAACAGACCAACCUCGGUUUCGGGUUGGUGGCCCUGCUGACCGCGGGAGGGGAGCAGAUCUUCUCCUCGGCGGUCUUCAGUUGUCCCUGCAGCGACCUGAACUUCUUCUACGGCAUGGUGUUCCUUCUCGUGCCCGCUCUGGCGCUGCUGCUGCUGGGCUACAUCCUGAGCAAGAAGGCGUCGAAGCUGCUGACGGGCGCGUGCCGGCGCGGGGCCGCGCUGUGCCGCUGGAGGAGGCUGAUCGCCGCCGGCGCGGCGCUUAUCCAGAUCAGCACCGCCGCGCUGGUUGCGCCCUCCAGCUGGAUCGCAGUGGCCCUGCUCAACGGGAAUUACUACGAGUGCGCGAUGACCGGGAACAACGCGAGCGCGUACGCCAGGCACCUGUGCGGGGACAAGAGCUCCCGGGUCCCGUGUCAGCAGCAGCUGCACAGGUUCCCAUGCGGGACGGGCAGCGACGUGCCGCCGGUCGACAGAAAGGACGUUCUGCUCAGACUGAGAGCUCACUCUCAGAUCCUGGGCUGGCUGCUCAUCGCCUCCGUCAUGUUGUCCAACCUGCUGCUGAGCUGCGCGGCUCGGUGCACCUCCCCCAUCAGCUACCUGCAGCUCAAGUUCUGGAAAGCGUACGUUCGGGAGGAGAGCAACCUGAUCGAUUUGUACAGCGCCAAACACGCCAAAGAGCUCGCCGAGAGGAACCUAAAGAGCUUCUUUGGCCAGAAGCCGCCCGAAGACAUCAUCACCCCUUCCUGCAAGCAGUGGGAGAAGAUCUCCUCCCUCUACAAGUUCAGCACCAAGGGCCACUACUACAGCACCCUGCACCGGUACGUGGAGAGCUGGCAGGAGACCGACAACAAGAUGAUGAGGAUGGGCUCGGUCAUUUCGAGCGAGCACGCCGACACCCCAGCUGUUCUUGAUUUUGUAGACGAAGGUAGGGUGACACCGUGACGCGGCAUCAGAGGAUCAUCUGUGUUGGAUCGGUGCUGAUAAUCCAGAGAGCCAAAGACCGCCAAUCUUAAAUAAUGGACUACCUGCUUACCGCUGAGCUGCAGGCUGAUGUAUUUGGUCUAAGUCCAAAAUAUUGGACUGAUUGAAAUUCUGACCAGAUGAUAGCGCCAGAUAAAAAAAGUUAAGAGAUCAUCGAAAAUUAUGCUGAGCAGAAGAAAAGAAUAUUUUAACCACGUAUCCAUAAAACCAAAAUUGUUGAGGACAAUUCAAAAAAAAUAAAAAUCUUCAAUUAUUUAACAACAUGAUGAUACGAGAGGGCAGUUGGCAACAUGACUGAAAGCAGGGCGGGGAUUUAAAUUUAAAAAAUGACCAGCAGCAACAGUGAGGCAGAGUGUAAAGACAGAUUCAUGUGAGCCUUAAGUGUGGGUUUAAACAGGAAAUGUGCCAUCUUCACCUUCCUGUGCAACGAAAGUGCAACCAAGUUAGUAUGAGGAACUUUUAACUGGUAGUGAAACAGUCUCAAUUGAAUGCGGAUGCCUCUAAAUGACUUUCAUAAGUAAACAAGACUAUCAGAGAGAAGAUUGUCUAUGUAGUUAUUUUAAUGCUUGUCAUCUGUGCCACCUGGUCACAUCAGACAAAAUGCUGCAGGUUCACUUGAAACUCGUUUAGCUCAGACUGCAGCUAACCGCAUACAGAACCAGAUACAGUUUUGCCGUCGCCUUCGACCUGCAAGUCGGAGCUUCGGCAGCAGCCGCUCCUCCUCCGGCCAGGAGCAGAGCUUCGCCUUGCUGCUUCGCCGAUACCCGCUGGGAGCCAACACCGACACCACGCUGCUGGAGAACCAGGCUGGAUUGAUGGAGGGAAGUGAGGCACGGGAGAACCAGAACCAGGACUGAGCGGGAAGGACUGUCAGAACCCUGCUGCAGUAAAAUGAGAAUUUGU